AUGCCUGAGAAGAACGUGGUUUCCUUUUCGACGAUGAUUUAUGGGUACGCAAGCAACGGAUUCUUUGCUGAGUCUCUUCGAUUAUUUUCUCAGAUGCAGGAGUGGGGCAUUUCUGCAAAUUCUUUCACAAUCGUCGGACUGCUGGUCAGCUCGGCAGGCUUGGGGGUUUCAAAAAUUGGAGAGUCUGUUCAUGGAAGGAUAGUUAAAAGUGGGUUAGAAGGCAAUCCUUUUGUGAGGACAGCUUUGUUAGAUUGCUAUGCUAAAUGUAGAAGUCCAAUGAAGUCUUACAUUUUGCUUGAGGAAAUGGUCGAGCCCAAUUUAGUCACCUGCAAUGCGAUGAUUGCUGGAUUUGUGCGUAAUGAACUGUUUGAAGAAGCUCUAUUGCUCUUUAAACAACUCUGGCAAUUUGGUUUGGGACCUAAUUCUCUGACCAUGGUGAGUGUUGUUCAGAGUUGUAUUGGUUAUGGCUCAUUUCGACUAUGUGAGAACAUGCAUGGUUAUGUUGUUAAGGUUGGCAUGGAUUUAGAUGUUGCAGUGAUGAAUUCAGUGUUUGAUAUGUACUUGAGUUUUGGAAACUUAGAGAUUGCUAAAGCUUUCUUCAGAAAGAUGGCUAUCAGGGAUGUCAUUACUUGGACAGGCAUGAUGGACCUUCUGUUAGAGCUUGAAUGCGCAGCUGAAGCUCUAAAUCUGUUUAUUCAAAUGAGAUCUGAGGGCAUUGAUCCUGACAUGGUCGCUAUGAUUAAUGUGAUCACUGCCUGUGCAUGUUUGGGAGAUUUAAAGAGGGGGAGGUCAGUUCAUAACCAAAUUGUUGUCAGUGGAUUUGAGCUGGAGCUCCCUGUCAAAAAUUCUCUGAUCACAAUGUAUUCCAAGUGUGGGGAUAUGGAGUCUGCUAGGAUGUCAUUUGAUCAUAUAGCGGACAAGAGCUUGGUAUCUUGGACUGCAAUCAUCUCAGGUUAUGUCCAGAAUGGGCAACCAAUCGAAGGGCUGCAACUGCUCAACAAAAUGAGAAAAGAUGAUAAUUUAAAACUCGAUUCAGUAACAAUAGUCAAUUUGCUAAUGGCUUGCAGUGAGCUAGCUAGUUUCGAGCUAUCUAGGCAGCUCCAUGCAUACAGUUUAAAAUCAGGCUUGUUUCAGUACCAGCCAGUUCAGAAUAGUUUGGUGGCAGUAUAUGGAAAAUGUGGUUAUGUAGAACUCGGGCACAGAGUGUUUGAUGAGAUGUUUUCUCGGAAUACAGUCUCAUGGAAUGCUAUGAUAUCAUCCUAUGGGAUUAAUGGCAAAGGAGAAGCAGCACUUGCUCUCUUUCAUGAUAUGGAGCAGUGUGGUGAAGUGUCAGAUAGUGUUACGUAUCUAAAUGUGUUGACUGCCUGUAGCCACUCCGGUUUGGUGGACGAUGGCUUGAUCAUUUUUGAAAGGAUGGUUAAGGAGAAGAAGAUUGAUCCAAGAGGAGAGCAUUGUGGUUGUGUGGUGGACAUGCUUGCACGUGCCGGUCGCUUGGCAGAUGCCAAGAAGUUAGUGAGCUCAAUGUCAGAGGAAGUUAGUGCAAAUGUUUGGAAGGCUUUACUGGCAGGGUCUCAUCUCCACAGUGAUGUCAAUCUUGUGGAAGCUGCUGCAGAGAAGGUGUUUCAGAUGGAUUCAAAUGAUUCUGGGCAUGUAGUGCUUCUUUCUAAUGCUUAUGCAUCGGUUGGGAAGUUUGGAGAAGUUGAAACUUUGAGAUCAAAUCUUGGAGAGAUGGGAUUAAUUAAAAACACUGGGUUCAGCUUCAUUGAUCCGAUGCCAUGUGAUACAGGCUAG